AUGAAUUACGUAGUCGCAUUUUUUAUUUAUGAAUUACCUAGUCGCAUUUAUGAAUUACCUAGUCGUAGUAACUGGAAAGUUUUUAUAAUCACCAGUGACUUGCCAGAUGCAGGGACCAGCUCACAGAUUUAUAUUAUUCUGUAUGGACAACAUAGAAGUUCAGCCCCCAUAUAUCUUUAUGGAACACAUGGGGCUCGAUUUCAGGUUGGCCACGAAGACAUAUUUACUAUAACAGUUGGAGACAUUGGAGCACUCUUUAAGAUUCGUAUUGGUCAUACCAACUCUGGACCCUCCCCUUCCUGGCACUGCAAGGAGAUACAAUUGCAUAAUACGAAUUCUGGAAAACAGUUUUAUGUACCUGUUCAACGAUGGUUGGCGCGAGAUCAAGAGGAUGGGGAAAUCUGUCGAGAAUUUCCUCUUUUAAGUAAAGGACAACCCGUCCUUCCAGUGACAAUAUAUGAAGUGACUGUGGCAACGGGUGAGCUAUGGAAUGCUGGAACAGUAGCAAAUGUCUACAUUUCUAUCCAUGGGGAAAAGGGAGAUACAGGAUCCAGACAACUAUUUAGAUCGAAGAGCUCCUUCAAUUUUUUAAGAGGACAAACUGACACCUUUUUCCUGGAGGCUGUGCACCUUGGAGAUUUGUGUAAGAUUGUGAUAGGCCAUGAUGGACUUGGCCCAGGAAAUGGCUGGUUUCUUGAUGAUGUUGUUAUCAAGGAUCCCACAACAAAUUACGAAUAUGCCUUCUUCUGUCAUAGAUGGCUAGAUCAGGGGGAAGAUGAUUGUAAAAUUGUCAGAGAACUGUAUGCCAGGGAUAACAGUAUCUUCUCUGCGAGUAGGUAUCACGUAUACACAUUUCCUGGAAAACUAUUUUAUGAUGACUGGAGAAAGCAUGACACUUCUGAAAUUAAUGGCCCUCUCUUUAUCUUCUCAGGGCAGAAGCUGGAACUUAAGAGAAAAGAAACAUGGACUGCAGAAAGCUGGAAGUUUACAAAAGGAAAUACUCUUCAGUUCUAUAACAAGCUGACUGGAGGGUUUGUCCGUUUGCAUCCAGAUGGCACAGUUGACGCCAUUGGAGAGAAGACAGACAAAUAUGGUGUCUUUGAUGUUAUUUUCAACAAAAGAAAUAUAUGUAUUUUCCAAAGUCAUGAGAUGAGGCAUCUUUCUCUUGCUCUUGACAAUGGCGUUGUCACUGGAAUGGUUAGUGGUGAAGCCACCACUGAGCUGCGGGUGCUUUAUCAGCCUAACCGCUGUGCACUUCUUGAGUCGGCACUGGUUCCUGGUCACACAGUUGUUUUUGAUCGUCAUGGCAAAAUAGCUGAUGCAUCAUCAGCAGGCUAUGCAAAUCUUUCAAAAGAAUUUGUGAUUUUUGUCAAGGGGGUGUUCCUCAACAGUGCUGUGGUUCUGCUUGCUACAAGCCUGUGUCAGGCCCUGUGUCUCCAGCCUGAUGGAAGCUGCACUGGAGUGGGAAGCCAGUCUGAAAAAUCCUACUGGAAAGUGCAUAAAAUCAGCUCUGGGAUUUGCAUGUUUGAAAGUGUGAAAAAUGCACAAAUGUAUCUAAGAAUCAAGGAUGGCCGAUGCGAUGGAACAGGUACAGGAGAUGUUGACUGUCAUUUUAAAAUUAAGAAGAACUUGAAGAAUGCAUCCAUAAACCUGGAAUCUAUGAAGAGCCCAGGAUUGUUUGUUGGACUUCAGUCAGAUGGGCAGGCAAAACCAAUGAUUUAUACCAAGGAUGAGAAUGUUUGCUUCUAUCCACAAGUCAUCCAAUUUGGCAGAGAAAACCCAAUGGGAAUGUCUGCAACACCCAGCCAAGAAGAAGAAAAGAUCCAUGAAUCAAAAAAACAGGAAAAAAUACCCCCAGAAUCUGAGGCUAGGAGUCCCUUACCUUCUUCAACUGCAAAAGAAAUCAGACAUUUCCAAAGUAGUGAGACUCUUCUGUCAGAAGAUGAAUGGAAGGUGUUAGUGCUGACGGGAAAUAUAGGAACUCAAGCCAAUGUCACUCUCUGGGUGUAUGGAGAUAAAGGAGUCACUGGGCCAAUAAGUCUUCGCAAGGACAGCUCAGAGCAGCUCUUCCUUCCAGGACACGAGGAUGAGUUUCAGGUGACCAUGCAACAUACGAAAAGCAAGAAGAUCCUAGAUUUUGCAGCAAACGUGUGGCUCUCUCGGAUUCAGACAGAUGGGGAUGUUGUCUUAGUGAGAUACCAGGUUGAUGUCUACACUGGGCAGCUGAAGCAUGCAGAGACAGAGUCUGAGGUUUUCAUCUGUCUCUUUGGGGAGAGGGGAGACUCUGGCCUCAGACAGCUGUACAAAUCUAACAUGCAAGUAAAAUUUCAAAGAGGACAGAUUGAUAAAUUUCAAGUAGCAGCAGUGUCGCUUGGAAAACUGCAGAAGGUGCUGUUGCGCUGUGAGGCCAGUGACAAAUCACAGUACUGGUACUGUGAACAAGUCACAGUCAGAGAGCCAGGCACCAUGUCCGAGUCCAUCUUCACCUGUCAAAGUUGGCUUCCUUUCAUGUCUCAGGGCAUAAUUCAUUCAGAAAUUGAGCUCUAUCUUCAAGAUAGAGAGUGGAAGGUGACCAUUGUCACUGGGGAUCUUGAAAAUGCCUGCACCACAGCAACAGUGUUCCUUUAUGUCUAUGGAGAAACAAAAUGUUCAGGUCCUAUUAUUUUGGGAUCUGGGAAACACCAGCUGUUUAACCCUAACACUGCAGAUAUAUUCAGGACUAUAGAGUUCAGCUCUAUGGUUGCACCUAGAAUAUCACUAAGAGCCAAAAUGAAGGAAAUUAAGCAUCCUCAGGAAAACAAUCAAGGCAAAAUUAAGAGCAAAAUGUCCAUUACGGCAGAAAGCUGGACAGAGAAUCCUAAAACUUGGAAAUUGGUAACAUUUUACAUUGACUUCAUUCAGAAGUUUAGGAGUGGCAGCACUAAGCAGUUCUCUGUUGACAUGUUUAACUUUCCUGUGGAUGACAGAUCCUAG